AUGUCUACGUCUACGUCUGAAAAAAAAUCUCGUAAAACUCAAAAGCCCUUGAAUGGCAAGAAAAAACUUUAUGAAACUGUUCCUUUGGACAUUUUACGUGAUUCGGCAAAAUACUUAUUACCGCAUCAUUAUGAAGAAAUAGUCGAAGAAAGGAACGCAAGUAAAUUGUGUGGGUACCCCAUUUGUUCAAAACCUCAACAAGUAAUUGAAGGUCAAUACAGAAUCUCAUAUCAUGAAAGAAAGAUUUAUGAUAUAUCUGAAUUGAAAAAUUACUGUUCAACAACAUGCUUUGUUUCUUCUAAAUUUUUCUCUACUCAAUUAUCGGAUGAACCCCUAUAUUCGAGAAAUUUACAAAAUUGGAAGUCUGUGGAUGUAAUUCCACUUGGUGUAAAUCCCAGUGAUCUAAUAAAACAAGAUCAAUCUGAAAAUGACAAUAUACAUCUUGAUUUAAAUCAGCGUACUGAUUAUAUAAAAAAUCUGAUGGCUGAUCUUCCUCCUGCGCCUACGGAAUUAGUAAUCAAGGAAAAGGAAGACCAUGAAUUGGGUACACCAUUAGCACCAUCCCCUAAUCAACAAGAUACAUAUGAUUCUGAUGAAGGUUUUCGAACAGACUUGCAAAAUGAAAAAGAUGUAGAACCUCAAACAAAAGUUCAAAAUGAAAAAAAUGGUGAACCUCAAAAAAAUGAAAAAAAUGUUGAACCUCCAAAAAAAGUUGUAAAGAAAAAAAAGAAAAUCGUUUUACAAAUGUCUUUAUUUGGUAAAAUCUGGACUGCUCUAGAUAGAAUGACAACACCAAGAACCAGGAGACAUUUUCAGGGUGUGAACUCUCUUACAUUAAAUAAUGAUGAUUCAUCGUCACUUUGUGAUGAUGUUAUGAUUAUGAGACUUCAAAUUUUCACAGAGAAAAUCAUGCAAUGUUUCAACCUUCUUAAGAAACAACUUCAUAUCACUGCCAAUAUUGAAAGUGAACUCAUUGAACUAACGAGUACUUUUACCUUUGACAAUUCUUCUGUUAUGCUCACCGAUUUAGAAAACCAUAUAUUGUGUAUGGUAUUUAUAUACGCGUUAUCAAUCGAUAUCCCAGAACUUUAUAGAAAUAUUUUUUCUUCAGAAAAUGAUAAAAGCGGUCCAUUUAAAGAUUUACUUGGAAGCUUAAAACUUACAAUAGAAGAGAUGGACGCAUUCGUUAGAGUACUUCGG